AUGGGCCCGUCCAGACACACCAGAGCAGCCGCGGCUGCGUCGGCUGGAUCCCCGUCAAGUCGAUAUGGUGAUUCCGCUUCCCCUUCAGCUCUCACGUCUACCGGUCUGCAUUCCUCAAGAACACCGACACGACCUUCGCCGUAUACAAGGACACCGACGAAACCAUCCUCGUCGUCCUCACUUACCGUCGGCCCUAGCACGCCUACAUCGCGUACCAGCUCGCCCAUGAUGCUGCGCGAGAUCUUUUCUAUGAUCAGCCCAUUCCGUGGCCUCAGCAGAGCACGUCGCUCGGCUGCCUUUGGAGGAGCUGAUGAGGUUGACAUGGACGAAGUGACACCAGAUGCGGCUGAAAAAGAUGCCAAGCUUGGACAGCCUUCAAAGCUCGACGAUGUCCAAGAGGCUGUCGGCAUAGAGGACCGCACGAUCGAAGAAGCAGAGGAAGGCCUCUCUACCGGUGCUUUUGAAUCUUCUGCACAGAAAGCGCCAAGCAGUCAGCUGAGUGUGCUUUCAGAAGCACGCUCGGCAUCCCGGUCACCGAGCCCAAGACCUCGCUCGCGGCUCGCUGCGCCGCCCAAGUCUUUGCCAUUGGCGGAUAGUGGGCUCGUCACACCUGGCCUCCGCCGCCAAUUCGACAAGGCACAGUCGGUUGCAGUCUCGUCGACACCUAUUCCGUCGACCUCGUUUGCACCUAACCUCACUCAGACCAGUCCCGUGUCUCGAAACUACGAUCUGCUCGCCCGCUUUUUCUCCGAGAAGCAACGAGGCGGUCAAGGUGGACUUACCGAAGUCGAGGUUGAAGGCUGCAUUCGACUGAUCGAAGAGAGCAUGGCCUCUGGUCGCAACCUUGAAUCCGAAUUUACGAGCGCCCCCAACUACGUGCGACACUUGGCGCCUAAACAGACGAGCGGUUUCGCUCCGUCUUCCCGGGCCAGCAGUGUUGCACCUCCUGCUCUGCCAUCUUCGCAGAGCACGACUACGCUCUUCCACCCAGGCACCAGCAAGUUCAACACAUCAUCGAGUGCAUAUUCGUUUCUCGCCCCGCGUGCGCCUGCAUCGCAGCCAGGCUUCGGCGGCGCGACAUCGUCAUCUGCUCGCAGGCGACCCAUAUAUCUUGGACCAGGCAUGAGCGGACUCUCGCUCCAUCGCCGCAGACCUGUGGUGGCGAGUGCAUCGCGCGCAGCAGCCAUGUCGAAGCCCACGGCCUUCGGGUCGAUGCCGCGAUCCAGUACGGACCCCGACUUGGCAAGAUUCGACAGGGAUGCAGCAGACCAAUUACAAGAUGCUUCUGAUCGAACCGAAGAGGCCAAGCGUCGUCGUACCGGCAUGCACGCCGCAGGUUCCGCGUCAUCUUCGAAUGGCCGCGCUCCGACCGCCGAUCAAACAGUUCAGUUCGAGCCUGCAUACGAAGGGCAAGCACGUCAGAGCAGCUUGCUUGCAAAAAACAUCGCGGUACCAAUGUCGGCCAAUGUAACGCUGGGCUCCUCUUUGAAGCGAGCUGCUCCAUCGCCGGAGACGAUCGCUGCCGCUUCGAUCAAGUCGAGCCCACCAAAGACAACUACCCGCACUGCCAGCGCCAUCCAAGACAUUCUCAAGGCCACUCCGCCUGUGCGUCCUCCCACACAGCCCGAGCUUAUCAAUCCUUAUCAGUCGGCUGCGCCUUUGUCUGCCAAGAGCAAGACGACGGCUGGAUAUGAUUCAGCCCAGACGACGCCUCCUCGCCGUUCGGCUCGCACUUCGAUGCUCACGCGCGCCAAAGCGAGGGAGACAGCCAGGGCAGCCGAAAAGCACAGCCCUCCCAAGGAGUCAGUGCUCGACCUCAUCGAGCGGACUGCGCCCAAGACAGCCAGCCAGAGAAAGGCAGUCAUCGAUGCGUCGGAGCACGAGCGCAAUGGUCUCGCUUCAUCGACCGACUCGGCAACGAAGCCCAUUGCAGAGCAAGCGACGACGGAAGAGCGUAGGCUGCAGAAGACGGAAGAGGUGCAGCGACGACUUGAAGCGCUCAACAAGGCAAAGAGUCAGCAGAAGGAAGAGCAGAGCAGCAUAUCUAAACCUGCAACCGCUAACAACGCAUCCACGGUAAAGGUAGCGACAAGCCUCGUCCCUCCACAAUACACCGCGAGCAAGCCCAAAAAGCCAUCGCCGCUAUCGGCUGCUUUCCAGGCACCCGAUUCGCCCAGCUCCGACUCGGAGACGGUGUCAGCGUCGCCUGCUCAGGCGCGUGCUCCAUCCGUUGCGCAACCGAGCUUCAGCUUUGGCAGCCCAGCCAAGGCAACAGUUCCCUCGUCUGGCUUUUCGUUCAGCACGGCUAAACCUGAUCGUGCUUCGGCGGCAUCCGCUGCUACCACUCUUACAGCGGCUGCAACUCCGUCUGGUGGGUUCUCAUUUUCAAAGCCAGAGGCUUCAGUAAAACCAGCAACGACAUCUGCAGCGCCUGCAAGUAUUCCGUCAUUUUCCUUCAGUCCGGUCGCAACUGCAUCAGCACAGCAGAAGCCGGCUGCAAGCUCUGCUCCCGCAAAUGCCGGUUUCAGCUUUUCGCACCAUUCGGAUGCACUGGUGUCAAGUUCGAGCAAAUCGGUGUCGACGCAACCCAACUCGAUCCGAAGUCAGGUGCUGGACGAAGAUGCCGCUUGCCUGCCCCGAUUUGAUUGGCAAGUACCCACUGUUUCGGCGCCUAUUCGUGGUCAAGCAAGCCAGGUGCUGCGGGACGAGAUCAAGUUGGUGGCCCAAGCGGCUUUGCCCAAGUUUGACUUCAUUUACGAGAUCGAGACAUGCUCGGACACGCCCAAAAGUGCUGCGACCGAGGCUGCUUCGCCACUGAGCACUGGAUUCAACUUUUGCGCUCCAAUUGCGGCGUCAGCGUCCCCUGCUGCCACUACAAAUUCCGAUAAUGAUACCGAGACAGAUACAACGGAUGAUCCGAGCAAAAUCACGUCCUCCGGUCUGCUUGGCGAAGGCGAGGGCGAAGAAUCCGAAUCGACUCUCUUGACGGUGCGCUCGAAAAUCUGGAAAUUCGACAUGUCCACGAAAUCUUGGAAAGACCUCGGCGUGUGCAUCGCUAAGGUCAAAUACGACUCGUCCACCAACAAGCAUCGACUGCUGGCUCGCAACGAAGCGAACGGCAAGGUUGCGGUCAACUUUUUGGUAUACAAAGGGUUGAAGAGUAGUCUGGAAAAGACAGUGAAUGCGUUUUUGGGAUUCGAGGGACAGGAGCCGACGCAGUACAGGAUCAAGGUCAAGACAGAGCAAGAUGCAAAGGAGCUCAAGAGCGUGUUGGAGGAGGCAGCCGCGUAA